AUGGAGUAUUUGCUGUGCGGAAUCCCAACAGAUAUUGAAAAUCUAGUAAAGUACGUCCAGCUUACUGAAGACGAGUGCAGAGUUGAAGAAGUAUCUGAAGUGUCGUAUUCCAUAAGCAGGUACCAGAUACUUAUCAGCAAGCACAAAGAGAUUGGCGCCGAGAAGGACCAGAAGGAGAGGCACACCAUAAGCAUCAUAUACCCUGCAGAUAAAAGCAAGUCAAGAAAAGCGCUAAGCCGGAAGAAAACAACAACCGACUUCACAAGCAAUGAAAUUCAUUUGCUCAUGGAGGAGCUUGGCUGCAAAAAUAAAGGAGCCAGAGCGUACACGAGAAGCACAUAUAAAUACAAAGAGGCAGAAAUAGUUGUAGUGAAAAAAGGAGAGGAUGUAUUAGUAGUGGUGAGGACAGAGAGCCCAGACAGCGAAACCAUUCUUGAGGAUAUAAAGAACAGGCUAAGACUGUGGGUUAAUCUAAUAGUUCCUCCUGAGGACACGCACGACUGUCUACUGUAG